AUUUAUGCACAGACCUGCGCAAGAGAAAGCCGCCAUUAUUCGCGAGGCCAUUUCACCAACGACGAAAGUGAGCGAUUCUGUAGAUUGAUCUCCAGUUUUUAUAUUGUAAACGCCAAAUAGCCUGCCAAAAUGGCAGAAGUGUCUCCGUAGUUGUGCAGGCGACCUGGAUGGAGGGUUCAAGCCCGCCGAUGGGCUGUAAUUCGCCGCGAUAUCUCUGAUGAAAAGACCCUAGGAGCUUGUGGUAACCAUGCAUAGGGGAAGCAGUGGCAACGAAAGCCAGAGCGGGGUCAACCACAAGCUAGGGUCUCAAGCAACACAACCCCAACAACAACCCAUCCAACAAUCAGCGGACCUGCCCCAAGGUCUCCCACACACAUCCGGGUAUGGCGCCCCGCAGCAUCCCAUGCAGCAGUACAUCAUCAAUCCUGUUGCUGGUGCCCAGGGCUCGCACAUUAUCACCACCAGUCGCCCGGUCCCGACGUCACCCAUACGGGUGCCGGCUCAGCACGCCCAAGGCUUGCCUGCUGCUGUAAUCUUACAGCAGCAGCAGCAGCAGCUGCACCGCCAUCAGCAGCAGCAGCAGUUGAGUCAGCAGGAUGUUGCCAGGCAGCAGGCACUAAUGCAACUGGCCGGCUUGCAGAGUCAACUGGUCGCACGAACGUCCAGCCAGGUGGUCAGUCUACAGUUGAGCCCCGGCUACGGUGACCCCACCAUCGGCAUUCCCGUGCACCAGAUGAGCAUCAACACUCCGCAGACCAGCGUCAGUGCCGCCAACAACCCGUAUGUGUUCAACGACACCCCCAAAAUAUUUCCACAAGGAGAGGAGCUCCAGAUAUCGCCAGAGCAAAUUCACCUGCAGUCCUUGCUUCUGCCCAGCCACCACCAACCCGUGGGGACCAUCCACCAUCAUGGUCAGGGCUCGCCCAGGUCUACCAUGCCGCCCCUCGGCUUUGGGGUGGCAAGGAGACUGAGCAGCCACAGCCCCACACGUGGCACCCCCGACCACCGCAAGAGCCCCACUGCUGCGGCCGGGGGAAGCACCUACAACAGAAGUCUGAGCAGCCCGGCACGGGCCAACCCUGUACCGUCCAGUCCAUCGCGUAUGCGCAAAUCCCCAGUGAUGGCCUCUGAAACAGACCGUCCCCCAGCCACCAAUGAGGUGGCUGAACUCAGGACUCGAUUGCUCGAGCACAAACUAAAAGACCUCCAUGACCUGCAAGACGGCUACAAAGAUAAACUAGCCGAGUUGUUUUUCUUGGAGAAUGGUUACAAUAUGAUGGAUUUCUUGGCCUGGAAGAAGCGACCAAGCGCCACACUUAACAACUUCAUGACUAGUCGCAAACUUGAAGGACAAGAAGAGGAGAUAACUAUCAAUGAUGAGGUGAAAGUGAUCACCAACAGUGGUAGCAACAUACCGCUGGGAACGCCGGUGGCCAUCUCCACACAGCUCCCACCUGCUGUGUCGGCCUUGUCGUCCCAGAUCAAAGCCAAGGAACUGCGCAAGAGUUUCCCCGGCGCCCUGCCCACCGCAAGUCCCGACUUGGACCGGAAACGGACCUACAGCCAAGCCGGUCUCGAUGGCAGCAGUACCUCUGAGAGAAAACCGCUAGGGUUCCCAUCCACACACGAGCCCAACGUCACCCUCAGUCCCAAGACAAUCACUCCUAUACCAGCAUUACCUGGCAGUCAGCCAUCCUUGUUGUACAAACAGCAGCAGCAGCAGCAGCACAAGCAACUUGCAGCUGGCCAGCAGCAGCAGCAACAACAGCAGCAGGGUACUUUGAACCGCGUCCCAAGUACCGUUUCCUCAGCAACUGCGCCUGGGUUGUCUCAUGUGCGGACAUCACUCAGUGUCCCACAUCCGCGGAGAGAACCAAAAUCACCACCAGCUGCCAAGCAUUCCCUGCACCAGCUCAAGUUGCCCACCUCCCGACCCCUCACCGUCAACACCACGACCGGCGCCGACGUGACUACCGCCGCCGCAACCGUCGUGGGCAGCACGUCCCCCAGACGCCACCUCUCUGGGGGCUCCACCACCGGAGCGCCACCACUGCCUCAGAAGCUGCCCAAGUCGCCCAUAUCGCCCAAUGCGCACCAGCGACUGGCAACCAGGCAACAUUCGUUAUCGGCAGUGUAUGACUACACGAUAGGGUCACAGGAGAUGAUUGUUGAAAGAGCAAAACAGGAAGCCCAGGUAAUGCAGAGGAUAGCUGAACUACGUAAGGAAGGUCUGUGGUCAGUCCGACGCCUGCCCAAGGUCCAGGAGCCUCCCAGGCACAAAACCCAUUGGGAGUACCUGCUGGAGGAAGCCCAGUGGCUGGCUACGGACUUUGUCCAAGAGAGAAGGUGGAAGAAAGCUGCUGCUCGCAAGUUGGUGCGAGCUGUGGCCAGACACCACCAGGAGAAGCAUGCCAAGGAGGUGAAGGCAGAGAGGGAAGAGACACAGAAACUGAGAAGGAUCGCAGCCAACAUGGCUAAGGAGAUCAAGACAUUCUGGUCAAAUAUUGAAAAAGUAGUGCAAUACAAGCAGCAGAGCCGGCUGGAGGAGCGGCGCAGGAAAGCCAUGGACAUGCAGCUGGACUACAUCGUGGGCCAGACUGAGAAGUACUCGUCGUGGCUAACGGAGGGACUCAACCUCAACGCUGCUGGCUCCUCAGCCCAGGGCUCGGUGGCUUCCAGUCCGAGAUCAGACCCAGGGUUAUUAGCCACAGGGGAAGAUGUAGACUUCCAGCCCGACGGGGACGACACCGACGAUGAGGAGACCAUCGACGUGGAAGAGCGGGAGGCGGAGCAUGACCAGGACGCCCACCAGAAGGAGCUGGAACUCCUACAGAAGGACAGCGAGGUGCCCCUGGAGGACCUGAUAGGCUCCCUGCCGUCUGAGAUCCUUGAAGGGAAGGGCGAGCAGGGGGUGGAGGCAGGCGCUGCGGAGACUGGUGAGGAGGUGAAGGUUGAUGUGACGGUCGGGGAGGAGGAUAGGAAGGAUGAAGAAGAGGCGGGAUUGAGUGAAGUGACCAAAGAAGCAGAGGAAAGUCCUGACAAGGUAGCCAAAGCUGAUGAAGAGUUUGUGCCUUCAACAGACGAUGAAGAUGAAGAAAUGCCAGAUGACGAAGAGACGCUGGAGGAACAGGAGGCAGCCGAGGGCACCAUGGACCACACAGCCGAGGUUGCUGAGCUGGAGGCGGAGGGAGAGAUGACCAUGGAGGAACUGCUUAAGAAGUACAGCGGGGCGUAUGAUGAAGACUUUGAGAUGCCUGUAUCCGAGGAGGAGGAAGAAGAUGAUGAAGAGGAAGAAGAGGAGGAAACAGAAGAAGAAGAAGAAGAUGAAGACUCGGCAACCGAUGAGGAAGCUGAAUUAACAGACGUCGGGAUGGAGUACCUCAUCAAUCCAGACAAAGAGAAUGAGGCUCCAACAGCCUCCACCGCAAAAGCCUCCGGAGGGCAGUCACAGGACGGAGGACCCAACAAAGAGAUCACGGACAUAGCGGCAGCAGCGCAGAGCCUGCAGCCAACAGGCUACACGCUGUCCACUACGCAGGUCAAGACCCCCGUGCCGUUCCUCCUCCGCCACAAGCUGCGCGAGUACCAGCACAUCGGUCUGGACUGGCUGGUCACCAUGAACGACAAGAGACUGAACGGCAUCCUGGCUGACGAGAUGGGUCUAGGCAAGACCAUCCAGACCAUUGCCCUGCUGGCUCACCUGGCAUGUGAAACGGGUAAUUGGGGUCCACACCUGAUCGUGGUACCAACCAGCGUCAUGCUGAACUGGGAGAUGGAGUUCAAGAAGUGGUGUCCAGGCUUCAAGAUCCUGACCUACUUUGGCAAUCAGAAGGAACGCAAGCUGAAAAGACAGGGUUGGACCAAGAGCAAUGCCUUCCAUGUCUGCAUCACCUCCUACAAGUUGGUCAUUCAGGACCACCAGUCCUUCAGGAGGAAAAAGUGGAAGUACCUGGUGCUGGACGAAGCCCAGAACAUCAAGAACUUCAAGUCACAGAGGUGGCAAACCCUACUCAACUUCAACAGCCAGCGUCGUCUCCUCCUGACCGGUACCCCGCUGCAGAACAACCUGAUGGAGCUGUGGUCCCUGAUGCACUUCCUGAUGCCUCACGUCUUUGCCUCGCAUCGGGAGUUCAGGGAGUGGUUCUCCAACCCGCUGAGUGGGAUGAUUGAAGGCACGCAGGAGUACAACGAGGGGCUGAUCAGGAGAUUACAUAAGGUCUUAAGACCGUUCCUUCUUCGCCGUCUGAAGAUUGAGGUAGAGCGGCAACUUCCUCAGAAGUACGAGCAUCUGGUGAGAUGUCGUCUGUCAAGGAGACAACGGUUUCUCUACGACGACUUCAUGUCACAAUCCAAAACCAGAGAGACGCUCUCCUCUGGCCACUUCAUGAGCGUCAUCAACGUCCUGAUGCAGCUGCGCAAGGUGUGUAACCACCCAGAUCUGUUUGAGCUACGUCCCAUCCAGUCUCCCUUCCAGAUGGAAGGUAUCCAAUACUACGCAGCCUCGCUGAUCACCAAGGUUCUGGAGCAUGAUCCGUUCAAGCACGUCAGUCUGAACAGCCUCAACCUGUGCGUAGCCAGCCUGGAGCUCUUCCUGCCGGCCUACGCAGCCCACCGCAUCAAACAGCUGCAGACUCCACGCCCCUUAAUCGAGGAGAUCGACUCCGCCCCUGAGCCGCCGCCCCGCCCGCAGCCCAUGAAGAUCAAGCCGGGGAAACUGUUCCCACCCCCAAUGAGCCAAGCCCCCAAGGAGCCGAAGCCUGCCGUAGCAAGUGCCACAUCGUCGGUGUCUGCUACAGUGCCAGGCAGGGCUUCACCGGUCGUGGUGGCUUCGCAGGGUCUGGCCGCAGCCACUGGGGGGCGGGCUUCGCCCAGCGUGAGCCACGUGCUAGUGAGGUCGUCCACGGGUGUUCAGUUGCUGAGGCAGACGGGCUCAACCCAGCAAGGUCUGGUCCUAGAUGGAAGGAGCUCCCCUAGCGUUUCCCUGGCUCUGACUACCACCACCACGUCCUCCACGGGUGUACCCUCGCUCACCCUGGUCUCGCACCCCUCGGUGCCAAGCAGCACCCCCUUACAGCAGCUGCCGGGGUACACAGGGGUAGUGAUCUCCUCGGCAGGCUCGCCGGCAGGCCAGCAGCGGUUCUAUCUCCAGCAGCAGACGUCUGGUGCUGGACGGGGUCAGUUUAUCACCACGCAACCCAUCACAGUCCAGCUACAAGGUGCAUCAGGGGGACCAGGAACAACCAUCAGGUUACCGGCGGGACAAAUCAGACAGAUGUCACAGAGUGGUAUAGUCCAAAUUGUUCAGACACCAAGCGGCCACCAAGUAUUGAGACCUGCCGUGAGACUAUCAUCACCUUCCACCUCACAGCAACAACAGCAGCAGCAGAACCAGUCACGCGCCAGCCCGGUCCCCAUCCAGAUGACCCUACAGGCCACCUCCCCGCAGAUCCCCCGCAGCAUCCUCCAGCAAGGGGCGGUGUCCGGGAACCAGACCACCACCCUGGCACAGAGCCAGGCGCAGACUGUCAUACAGGCCCUGGCGCAGGCGGUGACGCAGGCGUCGCCGUCAUCGUCCACGGGCGUGGUCAUGUCCAGCCAGUCGCAGCAGCUUCAGUCAGUACUCGCGCAGUUCCAGCGGCAGCAGUUGGAGCAACGUCAGCUGCAGCAACAAAAACUGCAAGUCGCGGCUUCCCAAGCCGCAACUACGACGUCCGCCUCAGUCACAUCGUCCCAGGCUUUCACCACCACUUCGAAAACGGUUUCUAAACCGAUUGCCUCCGUUGCGCCCAUGGUUAAUGUGACGGUCAAUCUGACCAAUGCGGUUAAAACUGUGGUGACCUCCGCACUUUCAAGUCUCCCGAAACGACCGGAAACGCCCACUAAAUUAAAAGACUCCUCAGAGACGCCGGGCACCAAGAAACUUGAGGUGAAGGAAGGGAUUGCCAAGACGACAACAGCAAUGCCCACUGCCGCCGUGACCUCACCACCGCCCCUCAUAGCCAUCCGUCCCCACCACGCCCCCAAUCAGGUCCCACCCACUCCUCGGGGGAUAGGGGGUAGUAUCCCUAGUAGUGUGGGGGAGACCAAGCCCACCCCGGCCCCCCUCAUGCAGCCGGUCCUAAAAAUUCGGCCCCUGAGCAGUGUUAGCAUAGCCAAGGCUACGGGAAGUCCCAAAGUUUCAGUAACAACGUCAGGGAGCCGACCGGCGGUGACCGCAACACCUCAACGCAGCCACAAAAGCAAGCAUAAUAAAGACUCGCCUUUCUUCUUGGAAUCGAUGCACAAGGCUGAGGUGGAUGAGCGCAAAGCCACGCUAGCCAGGAUAGCCGACCUGAACCAGCACCGCUGUGCGGCCAAGCCUGUCUACGGAAGCGACCUGCGCUCAGUGGUCUCCAUCCUGAACAGCCCCAACCCAGCCGGGAAGGACCGGCCUUACGCCAGCUGCACGGGGAUGUUCCAUUGUCGGGAGGUGCACGGCCUGCCGUUCCCCCACGGGUAUGAGGCCAGAUUGUCGCAGACGGACACCCUCAGAAAAGUCAUCCGAACGCCGGAGGACAUACUGGUAGAGUUGAAGGAAAUCAUCAAGAGAUUUGUGAUGGUAGUGCCCCUGGCCACGUCGCCACCCAUCAGCAUGCACACGUACCACCCAGCACCCUCGGCAGCCAAUCAGCACAGGCUACUCCGUGAGACCCUCCGUCGAGAGUUGACGCCUACCACUGCCUGCCUGCACCCCAUCCAGACUGGCAUGAAAUUCCAGUUCCCUGAGCUCCGGCUCAUCCAGUAUGAUUGCGGUAAGCUACAGGCAUUAGACGUUCUGCUGCGUAAGCUGAAGGCUGGCGACCACCGAGUCCUGAUCUUCACCCAGAUGACCCGCAUGCUGGAUGUCCUAGAGGCCUUCCUCAACUACCACGGCCACAUCUACGUCCGACUGGACGGCACCACCAAGGUGGAGCAGAGACAGUUUCUGAUGGACCGCUUCAACAUGGACAAGCGCAUCUUCUGCUUCAUCUUAUCCACGCGCAGCGGAGGUCUGGGUAUCAAUCUCACCGGCGCUGACACCGUGGUGUUCUACGACAGCGACUGGAACCCCACCAUGGAUGCCCAGGCGCAGGACCGCUGCCACAGGAUUGGACAAACCAGGGACGUCCAUAUAUACAGAUUGAUCAGUGAGAUGACGGUGGAGGAGAACAUCCUGAAGAAGGCCAAUCAGAAGAGACUGCUGGUGGAUGUCUCCAUCGAGGGAGGAAACUUCACCACAGCGUUCUUCAAAACGAACACCAUCAAGGACCUGUUUGACAUGUCCAAUCGGCGCAAUGCCCAACCUGUCGCCAUCGAGGAUCUGGUCAUCAACAGCAGACCUGAGCAGACACCGAGCAAGACGCAGCAGGCUGCCGAGGAGAAGGAAGCAAUCACGCAGAAUCAGUUGGAACAGGCCCUGGCCAAGACGGAGGAUGAGACGGACGUCAAGGCGACCUCCAAGGCCCUGGCUGAGCAGGAUGCAGAGCUGGCGGAGUUUGAUGAGACCAUUCCCUACGAGGGGGAGGAGACUAAGGCCAAAGAGGAGGUGUCCAAGAUCGAGAUAGAGCUGGCCCAGCUGGAUGACCAGCUGACCAACAUCGAGAAGUAUGCCAUGAGGUACCUGGAGUCCAACAUGGAACCGGCACCAAUGGACGAUGUCCUGGAAGCAGAGGAGCAGAUCCAGUUGGCAAAGAAGGAAUGGGAACUGGAGCGUCUGCAGGCCCUGAAGGAGGAGGAGGAACGCAAGGCGGAACAAGAAGAGGACGAGAUCUUCUUUACCUACUGUGAUGAGGAAGCUAAAAAUAAGGUGUACAUUUCCAACAAAGAUGACAUCAUGCCGAUCUGGGCUCCGCCCACCCCACCCCAGGAUGAAAAUGACGUCUACGUGGACCUCUCAGCCAGCCUCAUGUAUGACACCUCCAUCAUGAUGGAGUCCAAACUGCCUCCCGUCUACGUCAAGAAAGAACACAAGAAGACCAAAGUGGAACAAGGUAUCCGCAAGAUCAAGCCCCACACCAAGUCAGGCGAGGUGCCGCACCACACGGCGCACAUCAUGACCCCACCCCAGUCCCUCUUCAACCGCCCCUCGGCGGCCCUCCUGCGCAUGCGACGCGAGGCCAAGCAGCAGAAGCUACGCGCCAUGGCCGGCAAGCCCGUGGUCAAGCCGUUGCCCAUAGUGCACCGGACUACCUCCACGGACAUGCAGACGGCCGAUCGGCACGAGUGGCUGAUCAACGAGGAUUGGGCAUUGCUGCAGGCUGUACAAGCUCUUCAGGAGCUCCCCCUCACCCUCCAGGCCGUCGUACCGGGCCACGUCAUCAACUGGGACCUGGUUAGUGACAUUGUCAACGGCACCAGUCGCAUCUACCGCUCCCCCAAGCAGUGCCGCCACCGCUACGAGAACGUCAUCAUACCACGGGAGGAGGGCAAGAUACUCUAUGACACCAACCCCAAGAAACAGAAGAAAUCCAAGGGCAUAUACAGGCAGACCAAGAACAACCGUCCCAUGAAGACCAGCCAGCUACACACCCAGGACGGCAACGCCUCCCACACCAUGUUCUACUCCAACAAGUUUGACCUGAUGAAGACGGUGAUCGGCAAGAGACAGCCCUACCUCAAACAGGUCCUCAACAAUCCCCUGCUGAAGAACCCCAAGCACAGCGCUGUACUGAACGACUUUGGUAUCAGCUAUGAGAAGCCCAUGGUACCCAUCCAGGUGGCCACCAAGAGAGCUGAGAGAAUUGCACGGGAAAAGAAGGCAGCACAGGAGCAACAGCAGCGACAGCGGAUCCAAGAUGCUCAGGCCAAGCAGCAGCAGGCUGUAGCAGCUGCAGCAGCAGCAGUAGCUCCACCAGUCACUACUGCCACUACAGCUACAGUCAUGCAGCCGGGUACCAUCAAUCGCACGGCGCUGGGCACCACGGCCAUCCGCGUGACCGGCGGCAGCGCCAACAGCAUUGUGGUCAAUACACCCGGCGUGGUGACGGCCAUUCCGGGCAACUCCUUCGCAAACAUCAACAAGCGCAUGACCCAGCAGCAGGUGGGAACCAUGGCGACCAUCUCGGGGGCCACGCCCGUCAUGGCUACUGUUGCAAGUCCCCUGGGGCAGGUAGUCCGUGCCCAGGCCGUCCGCACCACCAUCGCCCACGUCUCCCUGCCUAGCUCGGCAGGCAUCAUCACAAGCCAGGUCCGUGCACCAGUCACAUCAGGCACGCAGGUGGUCAUCACCUCUGCAGGGUCUGUCAGCCAGGCUAGAUCAACGCCCACCGCCACUGCUACAAUGACAGCAGCUAAGGUAGCCCAGUUCAGCCUGAUAAAACAGCAAGCCAUAAAACAGCAACUGAUGCAGCAGGCUCAAGCACAGCAGCAGGCACAAAUCAAGCGACUGCAGCAAGCCCAAGCCCAAGCCAAGGUGGCCCAGGCCCAGGCGGAGGCCCAGGCCCAAGCUGUGCAGAAACAGCUCCAGUCCGGCCAGAAACCACCCACCAGCAACGUGACGGUCAGCCAGGUGGCUGCGACGACGUCCUCCCUGGCCCAGCCUCAGCUGACCCAGGCUGGCCAGGCCAGGGCACAGAUGCAGUUGGCAGGCAAGACCGUUACCCGGGCCAUCAAGAACGAGGAACUGACGGCCAUCCUGAGGCGUCAGCAACAACUCCUGGCCAGCCAGAGCCAAAAGAGCCAAAAGACCACCACCACGGCCAUCACCACCCUGCCCCUCACCACGGUGGCCGGACUCAAGGGUAUCACCCUCAGCGGGCUGACAGUCAGCACUGCUGCAGCAACGGCGGGAGCACCCAAGGGUCUCACCCAGGCCCAGGCGCAGGCCCAGGCCCAGGGGGCCGGGGGAGCUCAACAACAGCAGCAGCAGCAACAAGCUCAGCAGCAGCAAGGCAACAUCCCCAUGAAGCCCCCGACUCUCCCUGGCAUGGUGGCCAGGCCCAAGAUCAACUUCACCCAGAUACAGCAGAUGCAGAAGGGUCAGCACCAGACCAAGCAGCAACAACUGCUGACAAUCAAAACCCAGCAACUGUUGGCUCAACAGCAGAAGAUGCAGACAGGCAACACCGUAGUCAGCCAGACCCAGCAGCAAGGAGCCUCGGGGACCAUCAGCCAAGCCCAGAUCAGGAUCAGCUCCCCGUCGGUAUCAGUCGCCGUCACUGGCUCGCUGGCUAGUCAGGUUGUGCAGACAACAAGCAGCCAGCGGCAACGUCUCUCACAGCAGGUCAGCACGUUGACCCCGCAGCAACUACAGCAGGUCAGAGUUCAAAGGGUCACGACCUCCCAGGCUCAGGGCAGCCCUGCGGUAGUGCAGCGAGUAGGCCAGGUCCAGCAGUUGGGCACAGUUCGACAGCAGCUGCAGCAGCAAGUCAAGCAAUCAGGGACAGGAGCUGGGGCCACGCUGUCCAUCCAACAGGCCGGCAAACCGGUCACUAUCAUCCCGACGGUCUCAGGCAACUCGCUGCUGACCGUGGCAAAAACUAUGGGUGGCCUGCCCCAAACCCUACCCAUGACUGCCUCCACGAAACAGAUCCUGACACAACUGAUGGCAGGUGGAGGGACGCAGAACAUGGCACAGCUGGCCCGGGUGAUCUCCCAGGCGCAAGCCCUGGCGCAGAAGGGAUCACAGAGCAGCGGCUUACAGCCUCAACAGACGGUGACUGUGCAGAGCGUUCCAGGCACUCAGCCGUCCAGGGGACAGGGCCAGGCGAGCACUAGUGGAGCGGCAUCAGUUCAGGUUGCCAGCUCGAGUCAGGUGACGGCGUCCAUACAACCCCAGGGGACCAUACAGUCAGGAUCGCCGGUGCAGGUCACCCUGAGUGCCCAAACGACCAAAGCGCUGUCACUGUCACCGGCGGAACGGCAGGCUGCGCUGAAAUCGGCAGCACACCGCCUGGUGCAGCAGGCCCAGACACCGCAGGCUCAGAUAAAGCAGACGGGAACGGUCCAGGCGCGGCUGCAAGCAACAGCUGCCGCGCAUCAGCAACUGCAACAGCAGCAGCAGCAGCAGAAGCUGCAAGUCCAGCAGCAACUUCAGAAAGCGCAGGCCCAACAACAGCAGCAGCAGCAGCAACAGCAGCAACAACAACAGCAACAAGCACUUCAGAGCCUGACGUCUCAGUCCCAGACCCCAACCCAGGCCAAACUUGAGCCACAGAUUGAAGCCAAGCCACAGUCGCAGUCUGUACCACAGCCCCAGCCGCAGCCCCAAGCUACUCCACCAGUUAGGGAACAAGCCCCAGUAGUGGUAAAAACCGAGUCACCAACUGUUGCCCUGCCCACAGCCACAGCCACAGCCACAGCCGUCAAAAAACCUGAUACGCAUCCACCUGCCUCAUCACCUGAGCCUCAACAGCAAGCAGCACAGUCUAAACAACAGCAGCCACCCACCACGGCAGCACCAGUCAGGGCCUCUCCAUAUGCAAUGAGAUUACGCAAACCUUCCAAUCCAUCAAAGGAGUAAAUGUGACAGUAUAGUGGGUGGUGCAAAAAGAAGGAAACCCAUUUUUGACAGCAAUUUCACCUACUCGUUGAGCAUAUUUCGAAAAUUCAAUUUAAUGGUAUUAACAUGUUGAUCUUUAAGCAUAAGUGACGAAAAAAAAUGAUUGCAAAUGCACAUUUUGUCUCUGAGAUAUGGUAGUUAAAAAAUUUCAUGUGCUACACCUGUUUGUCCAUGGACGGCUUUAUUCUAUCAGCUUGACUGAGCUCCCGAGCUUGAUUUGAAGACAAGAAACACUGCACUAGACUUACACGUGGACAACAGUGAUUUUGGUGACUUGUAUUCAAAUUAACAUAAUAACACUAUUCUUGCAAGUUUUUUUAAAGAUUUUUUUAACUCUGUAUGGUUGGAGAGCUGUACCUCACUACAAAAUACAAAAACAUUUCAAAUAAAAUUCCUGUCAAAAGUGGGUUUCCUUCUUUUAGCACCACCCUGUAGUGUUCACAUGUAACCACAACCUUUACAAGAACAACUGUCAAUGUUCAUUUACCUGUGUAAAGAAACCAAAAUAUGUGUAAAGAAACCCUAAAACAUGUGUAAAGAAACCCUAAAAAACAUGUGUAAAGAAACCCUAAAACAUGUGUAAAGAAACCCUAAAACAUGUGUAAAGAAACCAAAACAUGUGUAAAGAAACCCUAAAACAUGUGUAAAGAAACCAAAACAUGUGUAAAGAAACCCUAAAACAUGUGUAAAGAAACCAAAACAUGUGUAAAGAAACCCUAAAACAUGUGUAAAGAAACCAAAACAUGUGUAAAGAAACCAAAACAUGUGUAAAGAAACCCUAAAACAUGUGUAAAGAAACCCUAAAACAUGUGUAAAGAAACCAAAACAUGUGUAAAGAAACCCUAAAACAUGUGUAAAGAAACCCUAAAACAUGGAGGGAACAGUUAAUAUGCAGCCACAUUCUGAACCCUUAAAGCAAUAGCAGUCAAUAAUCGGAUCUUACCAGUACACUUGCAUGUAAAGAUGGUGACUGGUUCACGUCCGUCAUUAUCCAACAUCUCAACCCAGUCCCCAAUGACAACAAAAAGGCAGGGAUCAGUCCCAAUUUCACGGCACUGCUAAGCUCACAAUUUUCUUCUAACAGAGCUUGCAUCUAUUUCACAAAGCAAAGACGUUGAGCAGUAAUCACAGCAAAAGACCUGCUGAUCUCAAAGGAAAACAGUUGCUUAAAUUAGUGAUGUAACAAUAAGAAUCCCCAUGCGUUUGCAACCGUUAGCACAUCCACGCUGUGAAAUAGUGCUUAAAAGGUUAACACAAUUUUCUGUUAUAAAUAACACAAUUUUGGCCCAAGAGCGUAUCUGCUUGCAGUGAAUCUGAAAACCUUUCACAUGGUGGAAAUGUCAAGUUUUAGGAAAUUGCCUUUAAAUGUUGUGUUUCUACAUUCACUAUCGAAGUGAUUACGUGUGAUCUGCCAAAACUGGUCGUUGGCACAGCAAAGCCAAUGCAAACACGACCACAACUCACUACGAACUUAUGUAUUUUUGGAGAAUAUUUAUGUUUUUUUUUUUUAGAAAAUUGGGAACAAAUCUACAGGUGUGACUUUUAUUUGUAUGAUUACAGUCCGUAGCGAAACAGUUGACCAUCGUGAGGUAGCAUUUGUUGUCAAAUUUUUCGAACGAUUUACUCUGCUUGGAAUACACGUGCAGUACCAGUGACUCGAUGACUGGAUCCGUUGCCAUGUGUGUGGCAUGACCCGUCGCUAGGAUAAGUCCAGUGACUUCGCUUGCUAUUACGUAACACUUCAAUAGUGAAUUACAGCCAUUAAAAAGUGUUAUCUUUUUCAACUGGUAACUUUUAUGGGGAGGUUGUUAUUAAAAAAAAAUAAAAGUGGAAUCGGUUUCGAAAUGAUUUCGGUCCCAGCCCUCAUGAGAAACAAACAACUUGCAAGAGAAACAUUUCUACAUAAGUGGGUUUUUUUUUAUUAUCCUUUCACAUUAUGUCUUUAAAGUAUCCAUGUUAAAAAAAAUUAAUCAUGAGACCUCUUGCACUUUGAACCUCAGUACCUCAACCUCAAAGCCUGAACCUCGGCGAGGUUCUGAGGUUAAAAUGAAGCCACAAAAUCACAUCAUACCUCAAAGUGCCGUGAGCAGACUUUAUGACAUGGAUUUUGAUUGCAAAGAAAUACAAUUCUCACCUCGUCUGGAAAAACCAAGUGGGAAUGUCUGAGGUUCACAAUUUCGCACAAGAAAAAGACAGAACAAAAAACGGUUACAAUUCCACACAGGACUUUACUUGUGUGUGUAAUUCAUUGCAAAACUUGCUGACUUAAGUAACUGUGAGCAGGUUGAUGACUGAAGCUUUUGGCUUGCAAGUUGCCACCAAGACAACAUGAUAAUUUGAUUGAGCAACCGUUUUGCUUAAUUAAUUGCCCUCUAAAUCUCUUGAUUGCACGUGAUGAAUGUUUUCUAUUCUUUUCUUUUCUUGGGAUGUUGUUCACUGGUGUUUUUUUUUACGUCCUUUCUUUAGUUAGAUGAUUUGUGUCGCGUGGCAGACUAAUUUUGUUUUCUAAAUUAUUUGGGUAUUAAAGUUGAGUGUUUGCUUUUAAAUUGUGUUAGGGAUUUACAGGGAAUAACAUUUAUGCAGACAGAAAACGUGUUGCCAAAAGUAGUGAUUGAAUUGUUUCUGGAAAUGAAUUGCUUGACAUAUGUUGCAUUACCUCACCGUAUAAUGAAAAAGAGGAUUAUGUAUUUAUUCAUAAACCAAUGAUGAUAGCAUUUUUCCUAAAUGAGAAGGGAAGAAUGUAAAAUAAAAUGAGCAUUAACUUGUGGUUGAACCCGGAGGUAUUGAGAUAAACAUCGAGUUUCUGCCUGUUAAAUUUUGCAUUUUCUCAUAUGAAUCGAAUACAUUUGCUCAAGCCUCAAAUAAUAUGUUGAAUUGGUUAUAAUAUCACCAAUAUUGACGAAUGGUUUGCCAGGCUGAGCCAUAUAGACCUUUCACGUUGCAGGUGCCACAGAGGGUGUUCUUUGUAAUUUUUAAUUUAUAAAAAUGGAUGCACAAAAGGUUUACUCGCGCCUAUCGUAGCGAUGCAAACCAUGGCCUUGUGACUCUGCCUUAACGUCUAUCGGUCUAUGGUUUGAGUAUAACAUUGAGGAUAGACUGAUUGCAUUAGCAGACAUCUUUGGGGUGUGUUUUGUUACGUUAAUUUAUUAAAGGUAGAGUAUAUCAUUCGUCAUUUGUGGAUUUUUUCUAUUUCAACCGUCAAAAGUGUUCAAAAUCUAAAGAUGGUUGCUUAACGAAUGUGAUGAAGUUUUAGCUCAGUGAAUGCUGUGUAUUCCGAGAAAACAAUAUUCUAGGAUCUCGAUUUUCAAUUCAAAAGUUGCCAAGUCAUGUUUUGAAUCACAUCUAAAGUCAGCGUCCAGGAGGCAUUCUCAUUCAGCCAAUUGCAGCUCCGCUGAAUUAAAAACAACCUACUAACUGAAAUUUCCAAAAAUGCAUCUUUGGACGUCUUUGGAAAUGACCACAUUUGAUUGUUUUCUACAAAAUGACAGCAUGCCAAAGUGAAUAAUUUUUACAGAGAGUUUACUGGUUUAGUGUCAUUACUAUCUUUAAACCGAGUAUGAUUUUCAACAAUAAUUUUGUCAGUUACUUUGGUGGAUAGCUGCAAAUGAUAUACUCUACCUUUAACCAUAAAUGCAUCAGAGGUCUACUCAUGGGUAUCCCCAUUGAACAAAUAAGCACACUUCUCAAAGGUGGCUGUGGUGCUGUUAAAUUUGUUUCCUCGAAGUUCUUUCAACUAUUCAUCAGUGUAUUGUCCAAAUCUUUUGCUUUUACAUUGGGCUUCACUGCAGAGGUUUUUUUUUCCCUUUAAGUUUAGGCACCUCUAAACUUCAGUAUUAGAGGCGGGUCCAGAAUGUCAGAGGGAAGGGGAUGCAAUAUAGGUGGACAGGGGAGGUUGGGGGGAUUGGACUCAACCUGUGGAAGUAGUAUAGUGGAAUCUUGAUAAAUCAAACCUCAAGGGAACAGGUUCAAAAUGUGACUUCAGCAGAGUUUUGAGUUAAGCAGGGUUGUAUAUCAUCGUUAUACUACUGAAGGGAAUGGAUUCUUUAUUUGACUAAACAGCUGUUUUGAGUUAUCAGAUUUCACUGUAAACGUCACAUGUGGUUAAUGAUGUACUUGGCUGACUUAAAUUUGCAAGGUUUGCCAUGUAGUGACUAUAUAUACUUGUAUAUUUAGGUUUGAAAUAAGUUCUGUUGUCAUUGAACAUGUAGUUGAGUCCAUCACAAGUCCAGGCACAAGUAACAGUGGAUGAACGAUAACAAAGAAAUGCCCUUUGUCAAAGCUCAUGUGAAUAGCUUGUGAGUUAUAUUGGGACUGGAGGACUUGUGAUGGACUUGCAGGGACUUGACUAAAUCACUGAUUUGAACCAUGGGAAUGGAGGCACGGAUGUGGUUCAAGUCGUUACCCUGCCUGCCUGACACAACAUUUUUGCAUUCAUACAGGGAUUCAGACAAACAUACCACUUACAGCAAGCGCUGUUGAGCCCAUGUAACCUGUUUUAGGAAGUCUUAAAAUGGAGGGAACCCCCCCCCCCCCAGCCUGCCCUGUCUCCACCCCCUUAAAUUAUCUACAGCAUGUACAUCUUGUAAAAAAUGUAUUUAACAUAAAGGGAGUGGGUCUGUAGAAAGGAGUGGAUUAGUUUCACAUCGGUCCCAUCAGUCUUAGAGUUAAUGCAUUACGUAUCUUCUUUGUAUCAUAAACUCUGUAGGUAUGUAAAGACUGCAAAAAUAUGCAUUUAAAUAAAAGUAAUAUUCCUCAAAGUACUUGUUUUCUCAAUAAAUUCUUUCUAAUCACGA